UACGUUUCAACAAACAAUCCAAAAUGCUUUUUGAUUUAAGCUUAGCGGUUGUGGAAGCCAUAUUUAUUUUUUGUUACUUUUUUAGGGCGAUAUGAAGCAGAUCCUCUUCGGCCUUUCCCUUCUUUUUUUCCUCUCUCAGAUAAUCACUGUGAAACUGUGGUAGAAACGAAAAAAAGAAUUACGGACACUUGAUCUCGAGGCCUUUCUGUUGAUCAGCUGAUAAGAAAGGGAGCCUUUUUUAGGAAUAAUCAUCAGGCAUGGCGGUUGUUGAGAAUGCUUCGAAUCAAGAUGCGGCUGCAUCAGCAGUAGCAUCAAACGAUCAGGAUCAAUCAAAGCAAAACCAUGUUUGGUCAAGAAUCGAUCCGAGCUUACACCAGAGCGAUCAAGGGUUGUACAACAAGAUCGGUGGUCCCCAUCAUCGAUCCAACGGUGGGGAUUUACAGAGGAGUAAUGGUGGUAGUGGAGCUGAAGUUGGGGAUAGCUUUAAGAGAGACAUGAGAGAGUUGCAAGAACUGUUCUCUAAACUUAACCCCAUGGCUGAAGAGUUCGUGCCUCAUUCACUUGCUAACCAUGGACUCAAUGGAGGGUUUUACACUGACGACUCUUUUUUGCAUAGCAACAAUAACAUCUCAAGGAAUGGCCAUCCUAAUGGCAAUGGUGCUGGUAGGCGGAAGAAAAUUUUCAGUCAAGGGAAACGGAGAUUGAACACCAGGACAAGUAUGGCCCAGAGGGAAGAGAUCAUCCGUAGGACUGUCUAUGUGUCUGAUAUUGACCAUCAGGUCACUGAAGAGCAGCUUGCAGGAUUAUUUGUGAGUUGUGGGCAGGUGGUUGACUGCCGCAUAUGUGGUGAUCCUAAUUCUGUACUUCGUUUUGCGUUUAUUGAGUUUACCGAUGAAGAAGGUGCACGAACUGCUCUGAAUCUGUCUGGUACUAUGCUUGGAUUCUACCCAGUUAGGGUGCUGCCUUCAAAAACAGCUAUUGCACCAGUUAACCCAACAUUUUUGCCAAGGACUGAAGAUGAACGCCAGAUGUGUGCAAGAACUAUCUACUGUACAAACAUUGACAAGAAGGUUACUCAGGCUGAUGUUAAACUCUUUUUUGAAACAAUCUGUGGGGAGGUUUAUCGCCUGAGGUUGCUGGGGGACUAUCACCAUUCAACUCGCAUUGCUUUUGUCGAGUUUGUAAUGGCUGAAAGUGCGAUUGCUGCCCUCAACUGUAGUGGUGUUAUUCUGGGCUCAUUGCCUAUAAGGGUAAGCCCAUCAAAGACCCCGGUUAGGCCACGUGCUCCCCGCCUUCCGCAGCACUGAAUCAUGUUGGCGCUCCGAACUGAUCUUAGUUCCAGUUUAUAUAUAUUUAAAAUACAUACACACACCCAUGUAAAGAUGUUUCCCAUGUUGGUGGUCUGCCUGUUUUAUGUAUAUUGUCCUCUGCUGCUAUGCUUGGGAUCAUUGUUACCAUACAAGUCAUCUUUUGUUUAUCCUUGCAAUUGGAUCCAAGUGACUUGCGAACCAGAGGUGGUCGUGUCUGGCCACGUCCAAUGUAUGCAGAAGGCAUCUAAGUGAUUUCCUGUCAACUAGCAGUUGAAAUGCCUCAUUUAUCUCUUCUCAAAAAAAAAAAAAAAAAGCUUCAUUUAUCUUCUCGAAGGGAAGCUCAUUGACGAUGAACUCGUCCAAAUAUAGGGUCUGGAAUCAAAUUCCAAAACGAUCAGUUGCCUUGGA